GGUGAGUGUGCACGCUACCGAAGGAGGGCUCUGCCGGCGUUUCCUCAACGGGAAGGAUCACGCUUCAGCCCCAUCCCUACGUUCCUGUCCCCCUGGCUUUUCGUCCAUGGAAAGAAUCACGCUUCAGCCCUGUCUCUGCGUCCCUGUCCCGCUGGCGACGCCGGCCGCUCCGCUCGCGCAGAGCUGCGGGGAGCGGCAUAGAGGUGUUCUUGGAAAAAAAGUGUCUGCACUUUGGAGCUGAAUAAGGACAUGAGGAGUAAAAGGACCCAGGAUCUCACUGGUCAGAAUGAAACAGAUGUUGAAAGAUUUUUCCAAUCUAUUGUUAGUGGUGCUCUGUGACUACGUUCUUGGCGAGAUGGAGUAUCUCCUGUUGAAGCACCCAGGUCAUGUAGCCUUCAGCAAUGACACAGUAACUGUGGAAUAUCAGUACUACAGAGGUGGUAAUGUGACAGCAGAAUAUCUGUCCAUGCUAUUGCUGGAUGCCAGCACCAACAAGAUAAUUGCCAGAAAACAGCUUCCAGCAAAUCACUCCCAAGGGAGGGUAGAGUUUGAGUGUUUCCAUUUCAAGAGUGCUGGGGACUUUUUGUUCAAAAUGGUCUCUCCCAGUGAUGACAGCAGCACUGCCCAGUGGAGCAGAAGAAGCAUUUCUAGCCUUCAUGUGGAAUGGCCUGUAUUUCGCAUUGAUUUGAACAAGAGUUCAGAAGUUCUUGGAAGCUCCCUUCAGGUUGGACUUUUUACAAAUGAGCAGCUAUGUGCCAUGAAUGAGACAGUGGCUUCACUGGACGUGAUAUUCACCAGCACCCUUUAUGAAUUUGGAAGAGUAAGCUCUGAUGAGACUCUGGGCAUUAGAACUAGAAAAGGAAUCCUGCUGUCUAGGUUCCAGUGGGUAGAAUUUGAUUGCCCACCUGUUGGUCAAGAAACUUACAUCACUGUGAUACUGAAAUCAUUAGAGACACAGUCCAUUAUUGCAUCUAUGGGACCCAUAGAUCUCCUCCACAAAUUUGGAUAUAGGCUGGUCGUGCUACCAGAAUCUACAUGCAAAACAUUGGUUCAGGUUUUUGUAGUUUCUCCACCAUGCACUUCUAUCAGUGGAAAAAUUGUUGUCUAUAAAGAGGCUCUCAAGCAUUCUAGUCAAAGAACAACUUGGCUGUAUGAAGACACUCUUCACCCAGGAGACAACAGGACAGAAUUUAACUGCAGUUUGUUUGAUGUGGGGAAGAACAAAUACUGCUUUGACCUCCUUAAUUUCUCAAACCGAAGCUUUUUCCCAACAAGAGUUAAGGAGUGUGUGAUGAUCCAAAGGAAUAUGGAAACGUGGAGUCCAUGGCAACCCUGGAGCCCCUGCAGCGUCACCUGCGGGGAUGGUGUCCGGGAGCGUUUCCGAGAGUGCCUCACCUCCUCACCGGCAAAACCAGGCUGUGCUGGAUCACCAAGAGAGACUUCCUUGUGUUCGCUGGAGGAGUGUUUGUCUAUCAAGCCUCCCACUCCACCUUCUGUCCAGCCAGGAGAAGACCAGAAAGCAAAUAACAUAGUCACUGUCACAGGUAUCUCCCUAUGCUUGUUCAUCAUCUUUGCCACCGUUCUCAUCACCCUUUGGAGAAAGCUCUGCAGAGCUCAGAAGUGCAGCACUGCCGUCCACCGAAACUCCGUCCAUUCCCCUGGCUUCCGCAAAAACUCUGAUGAAGAGAACAUUUGCCAAGGCAGCAAGCAGCGGGACAGCUUUACCGAAGGAGGGGAGGCCCCCGUUAACAUUCCUCUGACCUACAGGCGAAGCCUCCAGUUUGCCCAGGAAGAUGAUGCCUCUGGAAGUGAGAACUUUCAGACAAACGCCCAAAAAAUAAUCCCUCCGAUCUUCAGCUAUCGUCUGGCACAGCAGCAGCUGAAAGAGAUGAAGAAGAAAGGCCUGACUGAGACCACCAAGGUGUACCAUGUCUCCCAGAAUCCCCUCAUGGACACAGUGAUGGGUGCCACCACGAUGUUUCCUCUGAGUGGGGAAAACCAAGAGGAGGCAGUGGCAAAUAAAUUUAGGAUCAAAUCUCCAUUUCUGGACCAGCCAGCCAGUCAGCCCAAAUUCCUGGGGGAAGGCUCUCAUCCUAGGCUGGAUUUUCCUUUCUCACAGGCCAAUUCUGCAAUGAGCCCUACCCAAACCUUGGUAAGAAGAGCUAAUUUCAAGAACCAAGGUAGCAGAGGAGGCCUGCCUGAGAGGAGCUGUCACAGAAACCCACAGUUUAGAAGAACAGCCAGUUUCCAUGAAACUAAAAAGGCCAGGCCUUUCAGAGAGAGAAGCAUGUCCACCCUCACCCCUCGACAGACUCCCCUCUAUAAUUCCAGGACCAGAAUGUGGGACCAAGAGGACAGGAUAUGGCCAAAAUCAAGAAACAUCAAUCCAGUUUGUGAAAAGCUGGAUCAACCUCACAGCACUGUGCUGGGUUAUGAGCCACAGAACCAUGGCACAAAAUGUCACCAGAGGGCAGGUCCAUCAGUGAAGAAGCUGGACCUGACCACUGACCGCCAGCCUGCCCAUCAGGAGAGGGCAGCUGGUAAGUCUGAGCCCAGCAGAAGUAAGAGGGGCCCUUCACCUAAUUCCCGAGGCACAUGGAGGAAGGAAAUGGGCUCAGCUGGCAAAGACAAUGCCCAGAGAGGUCAAAGUGUAAGCCCUGCCCAGUACCGAAAGGGCAAGUGUCAGAGCUUCCCCUUGGACCCUGAGUUUGCCUUUUAUGAUAAUACUACUUUUGGCUUAAUGGAGGCAGAGCAGCAGAUGACUGACCUCCCUGGAUAUUUUGGCUCUAAUGAAGAGGAUGAAAGCAGUACUUUGAGUGUUGAAAAGCUGGUGAUUUGAGCUACUCAUUGCAGCCCUGCAGAGGAUCUGCAGUCUCUGUUGGUUUCUGCCGGAAGGAGCAGCAAGAAUUACAUUACCCCCACAGGCAGCAGAAGGGAACGAUGCCCCAAGUCUGGCUUUUGGGAACACAUUUCUUUCUAAUUACUGGAAAGUGCUUCCUUAUAAUUAUUUUUUGUAUGUCUGUGUGUAAAUAAACACAAAACAGCCUGGGAAAGUACAUGUUCAUGAAGGUGUGAUGCAAGAAUAGGCGAGAGAUUUUAUCUCUCAAGGCAAUGAUGUUUCAUGCAGCGUACAUCAUGAAUGCCACUGAUCUAGCCUUUUUCACCUUGUGGACCAUGUGCUAGCAGAUUAUGAUGUCCUAAAGCAUCAGUUGACCGGUAUCCUCAACCAUCAUUCCCAAUUAUUGAACCAUUUCUCAUUUAGAAAACACGAUCCUCAAGUUGCGAGUCUUUCCUCUGGAUGUCAUUAUUGAAUUCUGUCGAUUUGUUGUAGUUUCUCAGAUGAGUCAUGGUGGUGUUCCUUUUAGCUGGUUGCAUGAAAGUGCAAGUAAUUGAUGCUAAAUACUCGGAGUGAAUUUAAAACUGAGAGGAUAUUUUUCAUCAUUCAAGACUUUGAUUCUUUCUGCCAAUAUUUAUAUGAAGAAAACAGUGAUUUACAAAUAGUUACAGGAAAUGAGUAGGAAAGGGCAUGCUACUGGAAGGGCAAUGAAAAUGAAUGUUCAAAUUUUAGUCCUCAUAGAAGGGCUACUGCAGCUUUUAAGCACCUGUAAAAGGAGUGAGAGAACUGUUGAAUCACCAAACCUUUCCAUUGUCAUCGUUGCCUUUAUUAAACCUUAUAAAAAUGUAAAUAAUUUGACAAUCACACUACUACAGCAAGCUUAAAAUGAGUUAUGAACAAAACCAUCAAGCAACAAGUUUGUUUGGGGAAUUCUUGUUUUGCCAACAAAAGGAGAAAAUAAAAUGUCUUGACAACAUCUGCUGAUUCCUGGAGAAUCCUGUGGUGAAGUACAAAAGUUACACUGGGUUUUUCUGUUAUGCUUUAAAGCCAGAGAUCACAAACUGGCGGUUACAAGUUGCUGCAAGUGUUCAGAUCUGAGUUGAAAACCUAGUUAACAACAGAGACAGAGCUCAGGACAGUGAGAAAGAGUCGGAGACUGCUUGGCAUCUGUUAGAAUGGCAUCUCUUCAGGGAGUUUGCAAAGGCCAGGGGAAUGCAGCAACAGAAGAAGAUUCUGCCCUCGGAGCGAAGUGAGAGAAGGUAGGUCCAGGCAGAUGACUAUCAGUCUUGAAACAUCUCUGCCAUAAGGAGCCCAACUCUACAUGCCCUUUAACAUUCCUCGUGAGUUUGAAGGAAAAACUGGCACAUGCUCUGUUCACUGUUAGUAGGCUGCUAUCAUUCUCAAAACUGAGUGGAAAGGCAUAUUUCCCAAUCCUACACUUUAUUUUUUUUUCUCCAAAUCAACAGUUUUAAAGGGAGAGCAACAUUGUUAUGCAUUAGCCAGCUACUUAUGGCACCCCACUGAAGUGUCCAAAACAUGCACAAGUGAUUUGACUGGCACACAGUGAAAAGCUCCACUGUGACAGCAUACAAAGAGCCACAUGCUCUGUGCUUGACUACCAGAGUCAAACCCUGCUGUUUGAACAGCAUUCUUGAUGGGUAACAUUUUGCAGCUGCUGCCGGAGAGCUGGAUCUGAUUUGCAGGGUGAUGUGAGCUCCCGCUUUCCCAGGAGCUGUGCCAGCAUGCCGCUGUGUCAGAUCUCAGUGCAGCAGGCUCUGUGCAGCUUUCAAACUAGCUCCAUGUUCCCAUAAACUGUCAGCUUGAAAUGCUGCUUAAAGCUUUUGAGAACAUGUCCACACUUGAGGACCUGUCUAAUGCUAAUCAAAUGUAAUGAACCUUUAAAUUGACUAAAAUGAGCUGGAAAUGAGGCCUCUGAAGCAAUUGCUGCUCAGGCUACUUUACCACCUCGUGCUAGGGUAAACUCCACCGUGCAAUGCGUGUUUGCACCAAAGCAGUGAUCUGCCAGCAUUAUGCCUCUACUGCUACAGUAUCUGUUUACAGCUUUUGUGAGCCUCUCAGCAUGGGAGACCCAAGAGAAAAAGGAGAUGGAAAGUACAGCAUAGUGACAUUCAGCAAGUAUUUACCAAACCAUCUGUGAGGGUGAUUUGAGCUCCGUAAUAGUCCUCAGGUCGAGUAAGUAAUCUGCUAGUGACAUUUUGCCCUGCUUGUUAAGAUAAAAAGUGUUCUGAAAUAUUUCCUGGGGUUUGCUGUGGGAGUCCCAGGAUCCUGCACAAAUCCCUGUGACCCUUGUAUCUCUGAGGGGUUUCCCUAUGUCACAGGAGGUCAGAGAAGGGGGAGCCUUAUUUCAAGCCAGAUGUCUCAGUGUUGGGUUGUGUUCAGAACAGCUACUGUGAUGCAUUAGAUGGACUUAAGUACAUGUAAGAGAGCAAGGAAAUAGUAAGUGCUGGCUAUUCACAGCCUCUUUUUUCACAAGGGCAACCUCACUUCAGAAAAGUAGGUGCAAGUUUUGUUUCACAUGGGUAUGUGCCAACACUUGAGAAAAGAGCAGCAGUGCGGUCUUAACAAGCCACAGGCCUUAGGAGGACAGCUCAUUGAACUCUGGUGUUCAUGUUUGCUGUCACUGGGUUGUCUAUGAAGGAGUGAGAUCAGGGUUUACCUCUUGGCAAAUUAGAGGAACCAAACCAAGUUUUACACUGAACCUUCACAUAUCUCUGUAUUGUCUUCAGGACAGCUUGAGCCAUGGAAAUUAAACUUAUCUUGCAGAUCCUCCUAACUAUCCACAAUAGCAGGUGCUAAGGCACCAGUUCCAACAACAAAAGUAUGCAUUUCGUCUAUUAUUCUUAAGAUUUUAAUCCAAAUUUCUCUUCAAGUUCCUACUGUUGAACAGCAGAUGCAAAGUGUUAAGUCCUACUCAGAUGGCUUUGUUUCAUCGUUUCUGGAUAUAUAGUACAAAUUACAGUAUGCAUGGAUCUAAAAGCAAAUAAAUGCAAAAGAACUACUACUUAAAAAUUACUGUGCUUCACAGAAAAAGGCUCUUUCUAUAACAAGGUAGUUAAAUUAUUUGCAUCAAGUUGAUAAUUACUGUUCAUUUAAAACUGUUGUUAUUAAGAACUUGGAAAUAAAUUCUCAGUAUUCUAUUUCA